AUGGCUGAUAUUGUAGCCAAAAGAAAGGCUAAAAAAGAAGCAGAAAACAUUGUCAAUAAUCUGGAAACCAAAGGUAAAAAUGCCGAGCAAUUAAAAGAACAGUUGGAGGAAGUGGAGAAGUCCAAGGGUCAGCAAAGUUAUGAAGAUAAUCAAUCAGGGAUAGACAAUUUAAAAGAUGAACUAUCCAAAAAGGUUAGUCAAGAAGAAUACUGCCAAAUCAUGGUUAAUACUAUUGAAAAAAAUAUGGCUAAAUAUGACAUUAAGUCGAAUGAACUAAGCCCUGAAUUAAAAAAGGAACUAGAAAAGUUAAAAAAUGGAGAAAUUAAGGAUAAGAAUCAAGUUAAUGAAAUAGAAAAGAAGAUAGCAAAAAAUGUGGGAGAAAAAGGAUCUGAGAAAAAAAUAAAUCUGAUUUUAAUUGAGGUUUUGGACGCUUUAAAUUCAGGCCAAAAGGACAAAAUUAAAAAAGUAAAAGAUAAAUUAAAUAAUUUUUUAUUUAGCACCGAUAUUUACGAAAAGGCUCUUCUUUCUCAAAAAGAAAAUGAUAUUAAACAAGCACUAAAAAAUCUGGAAAAUUAUUCUGCUCAAAAGCAAACUAACUCUAACAAGUUUCCUUGA